UUACAAUAAUAAUAAUAUUAUAAUAAAGAAGGUGCGCUUGGAUCCAGAUCUUCUGCUUUUCUUCUAUAAACAAAACAUGGGGUUCCCCCCUCUACAAUCCCAAAACAGAUUACCUGUUCUCUUCUCUCAGCAAUGCCUGCUAGUCUAAGGCAUCUCGUGCUUUCUCCUAGAGUCUUCUCCUUCACCUUGCUUCUUUCAAUAAACACACUUUUAUUUACUUGUUGUUACUCUAUUGAUGAGCAAGGACAGGCUCUUUUAGCAUGGAAGAACAGUUUAAACAGCUCCACAAACGCAUUGAAUUCAUGGAAUCCUUUGGACCCAAGUCCAUGCAAUUGGCUUGGGGUUCAAUGCAACUCAAAUGGCCACGUGUUGGAGAUAAGGUUGAAAGAAGUAGAUUUGCAAGGCUCAUUGCCUUCAAAUUUACAACCUCUCAGGUCCUUGAAGAUCAUUGCCCUAUUAUCAACAAAUAUCACUGGAACAAUUCCAAAAGAAUUCGGAGACUAUCAUGAGCUCAGCAUACUUGAUCUCAGUGACAAUUCUCUCUCAGGAGAAAUCCCAGAUGAACUUUGCAAGCUAAGCAAACUGCAAACUUUAUCUCUCAAUUCAAAUUACCUUGAAGGUGUAAUCCCUUCCAAUAUUGGAAACCUCUCAAGUCUUGUGUAUCUGACUCUCAUGGACAAUCAACUCAGCAGUGAAAUUCCAAAGAGUAUUGGGGCAUUAAGCAAGCUACAAGUCUUCCGAACAGGUGGGAAUAAAGAUCUUAAGGGUGAGCUGCCCUGGGAGAUUGGAAACUGCACCAACUUGGUUAUGUUAGGCCUGGCUGAAACCAGCAUUUCUGGAAACAUCCCUUCAUCAAUUGGAUUGUUGAAAAAAAUUCAAACCAUAGCCAUUUAUUCGUCUCUAUUGUCCGGUUCUAUCCCAGAAGAGAUUGCAAAUUGCAGUGAGUUGCAGAAUUUGUUCUUGUAUCAAAAUUCCCUCUCUGGUCAAAUCCCAAGGAGAAUUGGAGAGCUUAAAAAGCUUCAGAAAUUGUUGUUGUGGCAGAACAGCCUAGUUGGUACAAUCCCAGAUGAGAUAGGAAGCUGCAGAGAGCUCAAAGUCAUUGACUUAUCAGAAAAUCUUCUGACAGGUAGUAUGCCAAAGAGUGUUGGAGAGCUUUCCAAUCUUCAAGACCUUCAGCUGAGUGUUAAUCAGUUAUCAGGUACCAUACCUUCUGAAAUCUCAAAUUGCACGGCUCUUGUUAAUCUGGAAAUCGACAACAACAGCAUUGUAGGCGAUAUUCCUGCUCUUAUUGGCAAUCUAAAGAGCUUAACAAUAUUUUUUGCCUGGCGGAAUAGGCUAUCUGGAAAAAUUCCAGAGAGCCUCUCUGAGUGCCAGGAACUUCAGUCUCUUGAUCUGUCUUAUAACAAUUUGUUUGGUCCAAUACCGAAGCAGAUAUUUGCAUUGAAAAAUCUUACAAAGGUGCUGCUACUUUCUAAUAAUCUCUCUGGCUUUAUACCUCCUGAUAUAGGAAACUGCACAAACUUGUACAGGUUAAGACUCAGUGGCAAUAGGCUUGGGGGCACUAUUCCAUCGGAGAUUGGAAACUUGAAAAGUUUGAAUUUUGUCGACAUUAGCAGCAACCGUCUUGUUGGAGCAAUUCCUCCAUCAAUAUCUGGCUGCCAAGGACUUGAGUUUCUUGAUCUUCAUUCUAAUGGACUCACUGGUUUUGUGCCAGAUACUUUCCCCAAAAGCCUGCAGUUUGUGGACAUCUCAGACAAUAGGCUUACAGGGCCACUGACUCAUAGCAUUGGGUCAUUGACAGAUUUAGCCAAACUCAUUCUUGGCAAGAAUCAGCUUUCUGGUAGAAUUCCAGCUGAGAUCCUGUCUUGUAGUAAUCUACAAUUAUUAGACCUCAGCAGCAAUAGUUUCUCUGGUGAGAUUCCAAAGGAACUCGGUCAAAUUCCAGCACUUGCAAUAUCUCUCAAUCUAAGCUGCAACCAACUUUCUGGUAAGAUACCAUCUGAAUUCUCUGGUCUUAGCAAGCUGGGAGUCCUAGACCUUUCCCACAACAAGCUCAGUGGCAAUCUGGACACUCUUGUAAACCUUCAAAACCUUGUCUCCCUCAAUAUCUCCUUCAAUGACUUCUCAGGUGAAUUGCCCAACACUCCAUUCUUUAGGAAACUCCCUCUCAGUGACUUGGCUGCAAACAAAGGUCUCUACAUCUCUAAUGGGGUCGUAACUCCUGCUGGAAGCAUGGGACCUGUUGGCCAUACCAGAACAGCUAUGAAGCUAGUUAUGUCCAUCCUCAUUAGUACUAGUGUAGUACUGGUACUUCUCUCAAUCUACAUGUUAGUACGUGCCCGCUUGGCCAACAGCAAGCUCAUGGAAGAUGACAAUUGGGAAAUGACUUUAUAUCAAAAGCUCGACUUCUCCAUUGAUGACAUAGUCCGGAAUCUAACAUCAUCUAAUGUGAUUGGCACUGGGAGCUCUGGAGUUGUAUACAGGGUGACAAUUCCAAAUGGAGAGACACUGGCAGUUAAGAAGAUGUGGUCAUCAGAAGAGUCAGGAGCAUUCAACUCUGAAAUUCAGACACUUGGUUCAAUUCGACACAAGAAUAUCAUCCGGCUACUGGGUUGGGGAUCAAAUCGGAACCUGAAGCUGCUGUUCUAUGAUUACCUACCAAAUGGAAGCUUGAGCUCACUUCUUCAUGGUGCUGGCAAGGGAGGUGCAGAGUGGGAGACUAGAUAUGAUGUUCUUUUGGGUGUAGCACAUGCACUUGCAUACUUGCACCAUGACUGUGUGCCUGCUAUUUUGCAUGGGGAUGUGAAAGCUAUGAAUGUGUUGUUGGGUCCUAGCUAUGAACCUUACCUUGCUGACUUUGGUUUGGCUAGGAUUGUGAACAGCAAUGGUGGUGAUGAUGCUACCAAACAAAGUCAAAAACCUCAUCUUGCUGGUUCUUAUGGAUACAUGGCUCCUGAGCAUGCAUCGAUGCAGCCUAUCACUGAGAAGAGUGAUGUUUACAGUUUUGGUGUGGUUCUACUAGAGGUCUUGACUGGGAGGCACCCAUUAGAUCCAACAUUGCCUGGGGGUGCAAACUUAGUUCGAUGGGUGCGUGACCACUUAGCUACCAAGAGAGACCCAGUUGACAUUCUUGAUUCAAAGCUUAGGGGGAGGGCUGACCCUACAAUGCAUGAGAUGCUCCAAACACUAGCAGUUUCAUUUCUCUGUGUCAGUACGCGACCUGAUGAUCGUCCUAUGAUGAAAGAUGUUGUUGCAAUGCUCACAGAAAUUCGACAUGUCGAGGCCACAAGGCCAGAACCUGACAUGUCAAAGGGAGGUUUGUCAGAAGCUAUUCGUUCCUCACCUCCUGCUAGGAAAGUAAUUUUACAAGGGUCUUCCAAUUGUUCCUUUGCUUUCUCUGAUGAUUCAAUCUAAGAUCAGAAUCAAGAUUUCAAGAGGCUAUUUGCUUUAUGUUUUGUGCAUAUCCAUUAGAGGAGGCAAGAACAAUACAGGAGGAGUUGUAGUGUAAUUUUUGUUUGUAGUUUUUACUAUAUGUGGUUGUUGUAAAUCAAAAUAAUUAAUCUGUUAGCAAAAUUCUCAAUUAAGUAGUAAAUAUAGCCUUAACAUAGGCAACAUAAUUCUGGAGCUUUAAGAUUGUAACUUCCUUGAUGUCUCUGCUAUAGAGGAGGAUUAUCUUGGGAACAGUAAUGGCUUAACUGUCUCUUGAAGGUCAGAGAGAGACUGCAGGGUGUGUUGAAGCCAAUACAAUGAUUGGAAUUUUUGGAUUGA